UGACCCGAGGCCCAAUCUAGAAAAAUCUCAUAUAAGCUCCUACACUUCAGUCUGAAACUCGGCCCAAUUGUUCGCUUCUCUGUUUUUGGUUCCGAGCUCACACACUUUUCAAUCUCUACGGGGUCAGCCGCGGCCUUGAACUCGAAUCGCCGGCCGUCGCCAGUCCGAGAUUCUGCGGCCGGAGAUUCUACCAUGGGUGAUGAGGACAGUCCGCGUAACCUAGAAGAUUCCGACGCCGACGUCAACCACUUCACAAUGCUCCUCGCCGGAGAAGAAGAAGAAGAAGAAGAAGUAGCAGAGAAGGAAUCAAUGGUGCCUCUCCAACACCAACGCUACCAUCUCCAAUCCAUCGCCUCCACCAUUCUCAUCAGACAGAUCCCUUCCCAAGGCCUCUCCUUCCAGCUCUGGCCCGCCGCCGCCACACUCAUCAACCUCCUCGACGCCCGCCGUCACGCCCACCCUACCCUCUCCGCCUUGCUCGCGCGUCGCGACGCAGGGAACCCCCUCCGCGCGCUCGAGCUCGGAUCCGGCACAGGCGCGGCCGGAAUUGCCGCGGCGGCGAUUCUCGGUGCCCGAGUUACCGUCACGGACCUCCCGCACGUCCUCCCCAACAUCCAAUUCAACGUCGACCUAAACCGGGAAGCACUGGAAACCCACGGCGGCGCGGUGGACGUGGCGGCGCUGUCCUGGGGGGAAAUGGAGGACAUGGAAGCGAUGGGGAGAGGGAAGUACGAUCUGAUAAUGGGAUCUGAUGUGGUGUAUCACGACCAUCUCUAUGAACCGCUCCUGAAGACGCUGAGAUUCUUCCUGUCGGGAGAAGAGAGGACGGCGGCGUUCCUGAUGGCUCACCUGAGGAGAUGGAAGAAGGAAUCUGGGUUCUUCAAGAAGGCGAAGAAGGAUUUCGAUGUGGAAAUCAUACACAGAGAUCCGCCAUUGGACGGAGCUCGGAUUGGCGUCGCCGUUUACCUUUUCGUCCCAAAAACUGGUCUCAAUUAAUUCCCCAAAAACAUAAAUGGGAUGGGAGAGAGAUCAGAAAUGGAAGAAGUUUUCUGGUUUGUUCUUCAAAGUUUUUUUUGGACAAGAUUUUGUUGCUGUGUAUCAACUCAUUUUGGUUAUACUCGUUUCAUAAAGCUUAAAUUGAUAA